UUCAAAGUGAGUCAGAUAUGAGCAUGUUUCAAGUUCUGGGCAGAGAUGUGGAUAGAGGGGGAAUUGCGUUUGGCGAGAUAGUCCAAGGCCUUUUGAUAUUUGGGGUCUUCAUAGCGGGGUACUCAGCAAAGGCAAUGGGAUACCUCGAACAAGCUCAAGACCUUAAGCUUGCACCGCAGAGGAACAUUAAUAAUCCUCACUAAAUAAAGCAGCCAGCAAAGAUUCCCAUCGCGCGCAAUCACAAAAGGCGCAAUCACAAUCUGGUCUCUCUCUCAGGUCUCUCGAGCCUUUUUCCCCGCUGGCGUCAUCUUGAUUUAUCAUUCUGCCCCGCCUUUCCCUCCCCCCCCUCCUCCCGUCCUCCACCAUCGCAUCUCGUCUCCCGCAACCAAGUACCAUCCGUAGCUUUGUAACCACUACCGCCCCAACCACAAACCUCCCUCCCAUCUCAUGUACAAGUGCGUACGUAGACUAGCUGCGCGCUGUUCAACCCGUUAAAUUUCCCGCCUUUUCCGUGCCUGGGACACACACAAGCGGUUAUAUAUAGCAACAGCACCACCACCACCACCGCCAAAUACACGUUGUCUUCAACCUUAAAUAACAUAACCAAGUGCCCACCCACCACCUCCACCACUCCCCCGUUUUAUCUCUUUCUCCAAACCUUCUCACAACCAAAAAAACGUACCGCGCUACUCCUACCCCUAAAACGCCAAUUACCUCACCAACACCCCUAAUUCCUCGCAUUGUUGAACGAACCGAAAAACAAGACAAAAAAUGGCCGACGUUGCUACCGCUGCCACUCCCGACGUCCCCACCGGACAGGAGCACAAGUACCACUUUAACAUUGUCAUGAGCUGUGGCGGCUGCUCCGGUGCUGUGGACAGGGUUUUGAAGAAGCUCGAGGGCGUCAAGUCCUACACCGUCUCCCUCGAAACCCAAACAGCCACCGUCAUCGCAGAGGACUCCCUCCCCUACGAAAAAGUCCUCAAGACCAUCGCCAAGACGGGCAAAAAAGUCACAAAGGGCGAGGCCGACGGCGAGGAGAGGAGCGUCGAGGUUCCCAAGGAUGAGUAGAGCUCUUCGUUGGGGAAGCUUUGAACACUUCUCUGGUCCAAGGGAAACGAAGUUGAGGUUAUGAAAGAAAGGAGGGGGAACACAGGACUCAAGAAGGGAGGAGGGAGGGGGAGGGGUUAUGGGAUGGAGAACCGAUCAUGUUCCCAAUGAGAAAGUAAGCCGAACAUCGACUAGGUUGAAGAGGAGAGGUGGUGGUGGUGGAUAAAGGACAGAUAAAGCAUCGCAAGCAAAACUCAUGGCUUUUUCAGCAACAACAACAACAAACAACAACAACAACAACAACAACAACAGUAUGGAGCACGACUUUUGGAGGAGAAGGAUGUUUGUUAUUUAAGCAGGCGCGCACGGUGGCAUCCAAGGGACGAAUCUCUUUCUCUCUCGCUUUUUUUAACUUGUUACUUUUCUAUUCCAAUUCCGUUUUUGGUUUGCUUCACAAGUUUUCUUUGUGAAACCCUUGCGCUCUCUCCUCCGUGGGAAAUAUCCAAUAUUCACAUGCUUGUCAGCAAAACUAAUGUAAGCACCUUGUUGGCUGGGUUGGUGGUGUCGUCCACUAUGUUCCGUUGUCACUCGGCCGGCCGGCUGCCGGACCAACACAUCCACCUAGGUACCCUACCGGAUGGGUAAGCUACACACUAGAGCUGCAACCAAGG